UAUUUCAGAUUUUUCUUGUUUUUUGAGGAAGGCCUCUAUAUCUCUGAACUUCCCUCUUAGAGCAGCUUUUGCUGCAUCCCAUAGAUAUUGUAAGGCUGUGUUUUCAUUGCCAUUUAUCUCGGGGUAUUUCCUUAUUUCUUCUUUGAUUUCAUCAUUGACUUUUUUUUUAAGUAGUAUGUUGUUUAGUCUCCAUGUGGUCUUUUUUUCCCUGUUUCUCUUUCUGUGGUUAAUUUCUAGUUUCAUAAUGUUGUGGUCAGAGAAGAUGCUUGAAAUAAUUUUAUUUCCUUUAAAUUUGUUGAGGCUUGUUGUGUGUCCUAGUAUGUUGUCUAUCCUAAAGAAUGUUCCAUGCAUACUUGAAAAGAAUGUGUAUUUUGCUUUUCUUGGAUGUAGUGUCCUGUCAAUACCAAUUUAGUCUAGCUGUUUUAUCAUGUCAUUUAGUAUCUUUGUCGCCUUAUUGAUUUUUGUCUGGAAGAUCUGCCUUUUUAUCUUGGCAUUUGAGUUGUCUAGUUUUCACUGGUUCCUCUUAUAGUUUCUAGUUCCUUGUUAGAGUGAUCUGCAUUUCUAUUGAUAAUCUUUCUUAAUUCAUUUAGCAUUUUUUAUUACCUCCUUUUUGAACUUGGGAUCUAGUAGACUAGAGAGGUCUGUUUUAUUGUUUGCUCUUUCAGGGGAUUUUUCUUGUUCUUUUAAUUGGGAGUAGUUCCUCUGCCUUUUCAUUUUACUUAAAUUUCUCUGUCUCUGAAUUUAGGAGAAAAAAUUACCUACUGUGGUCUUGAAGGUCUGUUUUUGUGUGGGAGUGUCUUUGUGUAGACUGUGUGAGUCCAGUAUUUUUGGCAUGGAUGCUUGCUGUAUCUUUCCUCAGAGUGUGCUGGCCUGUUAUCCCCUUGAUAGGGAGUGUGAUUGGUGCUGUGACCAGAGCCUGCUCUAGAAGUUGGGUGGGGCCUCCUCUUUGUUCUGUGGCUGUCAGAACCCUGUCAAGAGUGAGGUUUGAUCCCCAGUUGUUGGAGUAGAAGCUCGAGGGUCACAUUCAUUGAGGCUCUGUUGCGUGUAAGUGUGUGCUCUGUCCUCAGUGAGGUGAGUGUUGAAGCAAGUAAAGCCCAUCUGAUCACUGUGAUACUAUGAGUCGCCAGCGCAGGCGUCCUCAGUUUUGCCCAGAAGCAGCCCAAGGUCACGUCCCCUUCUCCAUUGUGUUCGUCUGAAACAUAGUGUUAGGCUGGUGCUGGAGACUGGGGUGUUGUGGCUGCAGGAAUCAAGGUGGUUGGGCUGCUGCCUAGCAUCUGGGCUGCCUCUUUGAUAGAACUCUUCCAGGGCUGGUCUGCCCCAGAUCUGGCUCCAAGCUGCAGUGUGAGGUAGGCAGGCCUGGAGCACUUCCACUGGGAGAGGUACUGCUGUGUACUCCUCCCCAGGCACUGUCCACUGGGGUGAGUCUGUGAUGCCACACCACCUGGUGUGUGUGCCAGCAUAGUCCACUGAUGAUGGACCUUCCCUCGGACCUACCCUUCCAGUGGGAACCCUGAUAACCAGCUCUGAGGUCAGCCCCAUCCCUGCCACAUGCAGGCUCACUGAGCCUGCUGCCAUUGGAGCCACCAACAGUGGGGCUCAUAUGGUGGGCCCAUGCCCCAUGCUGCCUGCUGACAUUGGGGCUCCUGUGGGGGACCUGUGCCCUGCCCUCCACAUGCUAACAGUGGCAGCCCAGGUCACACUCCAGGCCCCUUGGGCUCUCUCUAGACCAAUUCUGCAGCUAGACCAGGUCCUCUCCCAUGGUCCAUCUGCUGAAGCCCAAGUUUCAGCACCUAGCUGCUGCGCAUACUAGCAUCAUCCUUGCCUGGAGCAGGUUUCUGGGGUGAGACGUGUGGUGAUGUGGCAGCCAAUAUGUGCUGGUUUCUCUCUGCCUUGAUUGCUAGCAAGCCAGCAUCCACACACUCCUCAUGAGCAGAAACCAGGCUCCUUCAACUCCCUAUCUGUCCUGGUUGACCUCCCAGCUGGUGAAGGGGGUUUCCAGGGAGAGGGAACCUUUCCUGUCACAGCUCCUUCUCAUGGGUGCUGGUCUCUUCCCAGUGCCUUUUUUUCCUUCGUCCUGCCCUGUUGCAUGGGGAUCUUUCUUGCAGCUUUGGUUGUAUAAGAGAUCUUAUGCCAGUUUUCAGUUGGUUUUCUGUGAGAAUUUUUCCACAUGUAGAUAUAUUUUUGAUGUGUGUAUGUGGGGAGGUGAGCUCCAUGUGCUUCUACUCCCCAUCUUGACCUCCUCCCUCUUGUGUUUGUCAGUAACUGCAGCACUGAAUCAGACGAGGUCAGUGCAGAGGUCGGGCAGUUUCUGGCUUACUGAGGAUGAGAACUCUGACACUCACCGUGCUUCCCCACCUCCAGGUUCACUGCCUCUUGGAAGUUGCUGGCUCACCUUGGUCUUGCUGUUCUUAUUUUUUGAUCACAGAACCUUAGUUGUUAUGGGAAUAUCCUCCUCGGUCCUGCAGGACCCCAUGUUCUGCAGGGAGCAAUCUGGGUAAUGCUUACCUUGUCAAAUUUGCUUCCAGAAAGAGAAACCAAGGCCAAGGGCAGGCUUCUCUCUAACCCUUUUAUUUUGAAAAAUGUGCAUGGUUCAGCCUCUUCCCACAUCACUCAUUUCUACUCACACUAGAAACAACAGAAAGACACAAGUCUGAGUUGAAGUUAUGUGCUUUUAUGGGGAACAAAAAUACCCAACAACUGUAACAAAAGCCCUUCAGUCUUGCCAAGUUCUAAACCAGUGAUAAUGAGGCAGUUUCAAUGACUGUCUGGCUGGGGACAUUUCUAAAGGGGUCACAGGACAGUUGAAAGACAUUGGCCAAAAAGAGAAGUUGCAGAGAGGGUUGACAUUUUAAAUGAAAGCAUAUUAGAUCUCCCUUCUGGCCCCUCAUCCUAUCACCCUUUGAAGUUACAGUUUCCUCCCAGUUUGCAAAGAUCCUUCCUGAACUUUGCUCGAAUGCAGUCUCUUCCAGAAAGCUUUCCUUGGUCGGCAUCAACUGCAUCGGCCUUCUCAGUAAUGUCACACUUUCUCAUGCUUUCUCCUAUCCCUUUGUGCCUCACAUCCAUCAUGUCUGUGUAUGUGCCGUAUGAUACCCAUGUUCGUAGGCAUGCCCAGCAGAAUGGGCCCUAUGUUGAUCAUCCCAGUAUUUCCAUCUCCCUCCCCCAUUCAGUGCUCAGUAUACAGCAGGUGCUCAGCAUCAGCAGGUGCUCAGUGAGGGUUUGUUGAGUUGAAGUCAGUUCUACAUUUGCCACAUGACAUCACCAGCCUCUUGAGAGCUACAAUUGUCAUUUCCACUUCUUCAUCCUUCCUCCAUGACUUCCAUGGUCUGACUCAGGGCAUCUCCAGGAAGGAACCUACCCCACCAACCAUACCAACUCAUGGUUGCAGGUUUGGCUAGAGGAGGUGAGAAGGUUAAGCUUUCACCCCUGUGCCAGAAGGCAAGGAGGCAGGAAAGGCAGCCACUGGGGAAAUUAGGAUGACCGUGAGUGGUGUUGGUCAGUGCUCCAUUUUGGAAUCUCACAGGCAGCCAUUCUUCCAAAAGUUUCCUCCAUGAACCAUGGCCAACUUUGCAGUGGGAGCCAAGGACUAGUGGGGGUCUGGUUGGGUUUUUCUGCCAGCCUGGGGACCAGCAGACAUAGACCAAGAGCCUUUCUUUAGGACAUGGCCUAUAUUACCUUUGAGGGGGUGUGUGUUAGAGGUUGUCUGUCUAGUUGUUCAGUUGGAGCUGUGGUGGGAACAGUAGCCCUGUGGUGAGUUGUCAGGCACAUAGAUUGUAGUAAGGCUGAAGAAUACAGGCUGUGAUAAUGGGCCUCUCCUCCAAAGGGGGUGGGAUCAGGAGGGUCAGGAUAGUGAGGGAGGGUCCCAAGAGGUCCUGCGGCUCCAACUCUGUCUCCUGCUCCCUCCCUCUGGUUCUCCACGUGGGGGCCAGGCAAGGGGCCAUUGGAGGUAAUGUGUGGGGAAGGGAAGUGCUUGUUGUUUUCCUACCAUGAGUCACAGAUUUGGAUCAGAGGUGAGAAUCAAGGGCAGAAGGAGGACUGAAGAGGUGAGAAGCCAAGGCCCUCUCCACUUCUGUUUCCUUCUGUAACGAGUGGAUGUGAGGCCCACACUCACAGCUGCGUCACCCCCAGAGAGCACUGAGGUCCUAGUAGGGGCGAUGAGAAAAUUCUUCACAGGCUCUCAAAGGUGCUCAGUGACUUGGGGAGAACUCUGGAUCCUCCCGUGGGAGGGCCCCUCUGGGGCCAAUAAGACUGAUCCAAGUGACAUACCUCCAUGGCUGUCAUACCUUCCACAGACCUUAAUUCAUCUACACAUCCUCAUGGCAUUGUGCUUGGCUGAUGUCAGUGUCCUGCCUCAUAGAUGUAGUGUGUCACAACCAGAAGUGACCCUGGCACCACCCACCAGUCAUUUCCAAGAUAUGUCCCUGGUUACCCUGGGUCCUUCAUCAGGGUGCCUUGUGAUCACUGUGGGAGUCAGAAAGGAAGGGGCAGCAGCUCCGGGCCUUCCAGCCCUGCUGCCAAACACGGUGGCUUCGCAUGCUUGUGCAAGAGAUAAAGGCUUUCAGAAGCAUCAGCCCCCGAUGGGGACACACUGUAGCUGUGCACCACAGAAGCUAACUGAAUUGAGGAGGCUGCAUGGAACAUCAUGGAACAGUCUUGGACUAAGGAAACCAGGUUUUCAAUGGGAGGAGCUGGAACAUGAACUCUACGGGAGCAGAUUUAUUCACUGCAGGACGCUCAGCACCCAGAACAGUGCCUGGCACUUAGUGGUCCUUAAACCAACUCACAGCUUCCAUGGGGGUCUUACGCCACAGGCCAUCAAACAGCUCAGAAGGCUCCAAGCCUUGGCAGAACCACAAAUUCUCCGUCAGCAACUGCACCACUAUCCACUUCCACCGGCAGUGCCACUGCAGGAGUCGCGCAGGAGGAGUCGCUGGCACCCACUGACCAGCAUGAGAAGAACCUGCCUAAGCAUGAAGUCAACACUGAGGCUGGACAGCACGCCCCUGCCAGCAGCUCUUGUACCUCCUGUACCUCACCUGCUGUACAUCACCUCCCUCUCCAGGCUCGUCCACAAGGGCACGGACCACGUCUACUUUGCCGGUGUCUUCCUAGGGCUCCUGGCUGGCCCUCAAUUCAUACUGGCUGAGCUAAUAAAUGAAUGAUUGUGUGAAAGAAUGGGCA